AUGGUGAUGGCACUUUAUUUCUUUGUUGAUAAGAACUGCGACCUUGAGAAGUCUGUAAUGGUUGAUCCAGAAAAGACGUUGAGUUUGGUGCAGCUGGAGGAGGACGAAUCUGAUGCGCAUGAAGACGAGAUUGAUGACAGUUUGUCUUCAGAUGAAGACGAGAAUGAUGUUGAAGGUGUUGCUUCAAAUCCAGCAGCUGUGCCGUAUCCGAAAGACAGUGAGUGGACUGCAGUUGACACCUACCGACCUCUGCCUGUCAACACGACACCCAGGCAGAUACUAGUGGAUAUUGAUGAGUCGAGUUCUGUACUGGAUUGCAGUAAAGUGUUCCUUACUGACAGUGACGUAAAUGAACUCAAGAGACAGACAAAUUUGUAUGCAUCACAGACAAUACAGAAGAAAAGAAGAGGAAAUAAUCUGAAGCCCCAUUCAGUUUUGAGUUCGUGGAAGCCAGUGACUAUAAGUGAGAUGAGGCGUUUCUUGGGUAUUAUUUUCCACAUGUGUGUUUCGAAAAAGCCCAAAAUUGCGGACCAUUGGAGCACUAAUCCUGUUCUUAGUUGUAACUUUUGUCCCCAUGUCAUGAGCCGUUUGCGUUUCACUCAGAUACUGUCAUGCUUGCAUCUUGUUGACAAUUCAAAUCAGAAAAAACCAGGCGAAGAUGGAUUUCAUCCACUUUACAAAGUUUUGCCAUAUUAUAAUAAUUUGAAGGAGCGAUGUAUCCAGGCAUAUCGUCCCUCAGAAAAAGUGACAAUUGAUGAAGGAAUUUGCCCAUUUCGAGGUCGUGUGAGUUUCCGUGUUUACAUGCAAAAUAAGCCUCAUAAGUAUGGACUGAAAGUAUAUGCUGUUGCUGAAGCCAGUAGUGGCUAUGUUGUAAAUUUUGAAGUUUAUGCUGAUCCUAAUCUCCAGUAA